AUGAAGACAAUCAAUUUGGGUGCAUGGGAGUAUCUCCAGAGAUUUGAUCCGGCAGUGUGGACAAAAGCUUAUUUCAGUCAUGGGCCAAAGGUGGAUAAUAUUAGCAACAAUAUGUGCGAGGUGUGGAACACCAAGAUCGUAGAGUAUCAGGAAAAACCAAUCUUAAUAAUGUGUGAAGACUUAAGGUGCUAUCUAAUGAGAAAAAUAGCAACACACAAGAAGAAGCUAGAGAAUCAUAGUGGUCACUUGGCACCAGUACAGCAGAAGAAAUUGGACGAGUUUGUCAAGCCUAAAGCUAACAAGUCGAGAGCCAUCUGGGCUGGAGACAAUGAUAGAGUGUUGUUUGAGCUUCAUAGAGGAACUAACAAGGUUGGAGUCAACCUUCAACAAAGGACCUGCACUUGUAAUGUUUGGCAACUUACUGCAAUGUAUAAAAUUAGUCUUAAGCCAGAGGAUCAUGUGCAUAAAUGGCUCACCAUGCAAUCAAUUAAAGCAACAUACAUGCAUUGUAUUAAACCAGUUAACUCAGAGGAGUACUGGAACCCUUGUGAUGCUCCAAAGACAGAACCACCCAACAUUAAGAGAUCAGCUUAUAGCCCCAAAAUAAAGAGGAAGGAUGGAGGUUCUAAUGUUAAUCUGAACAAUGAUAAUGUACAACCUGCACCACCUAUGGAUCAACUGACAAAAGCAAAGAAGAACAAAAAGAAAAUUCCAAAGACAUUACCUAGGAAGGAUAAUUUUGACCCUCAGGAACAGAGAGAUAAAAUUUCCCUUUCACAAAAUGCACCCCAAGCAAAAGAGGUUGCAAGAGAAUCUAUCAACCUGAAUCAGUCACCCCCUCAAUCCAACUCCACCCCCAAUCUUAAUCAUGUCCAGAGAAGAAAACACCCUAUUGUUAGGCCCCGACUGGCGACUGCUCCUAUAUCGGUUCCACCUUCAUUUGAACUAUCUACUCCACCAUAUGUUCAAGAAGCAUUAGGUCUCAGACCCUAUGUUCCAACCGAACAUAAUGUGAACCCGAGGACAACAAUUACUAAUGUCCCCCUUUAA